AGUACAUAUUGUUGCAUACCUGUACUAAGAUAAACAAUCGUGGAGAUCGAGCUCUUUUGCGCGAAAAGAAAGAACGCAAAGCAUAACAAUAUGUGUACAUAAACCUGCUGGGCAACUGAUACUUGGUGGAUCACCACUGUAGGCACGCGUCGCUGUUUUAGGCCGCGUCGCGAUUCGACUAGAGGGCGCACGAUCGCUUGCUAUCUUGUUGUAGUGUGUUGUUAUAACUAUCCCAUCAUCGGGGCAGGUCCAACGUUCGCAUAUCGCUGUUGGUGUUAUGAUCGCUGCCGGGAGCACAUACAAACGCGCAUCACCUGAGGGCGGCUGACAUCUUGGGCGCGUUUGCUCUCGCGGAUCGGCGAUACACGAUGCAGUUUAAGAAGUGGAGGCGAAAGAAGCUGAAGUUCUGGAAGCGAGCGACGCGGUACGGCAAGUUUGAGAACGAUCGCUUCGACGGCAACCUUUCCGACAUCGUCGAAGAACAAAGUGAAAAUGACGACGACGAUGGCGAUGACUACUGCGCUAUCAAUACCGAGAUGGUGCAAAACACACACAACGAAACCGCGGUCCGUGCGAGUGCCGUAAUACAUGCUGGCGGUGAUAGCGAUGACGAUAGCGACGACGACGAUGGCGACGGCGCAGCGAGCGACAGACCAAAGAUACCAGCGACGUUCAUUACCAUUCCUGCGGAGAAGAACUGUGUGUUGUACGAAUCAGCUGAUUGCAUAGUCAGCAUCGAGAAUUCGAUAAACCAGAAGACGGGUUGCACCACGCCAAAGAAAUCCGCAACUACGAAGAAAAAGAUAAAGAAGAACGCAUGGCGUUUUUGCAAGACGACGUGGAAGUACCUGAAGUUGGGAUUGAUUAAUAUGUACCCGGCAGUAUACAACGUCGCUGAUCCUCGCUUCUCCUGCACCUCAUAUGGGACCUCGUCGUACAAGCAAAAGCCGCGUUACCAAUACCCGGACUUCUCUUAAUAAGUACCUGCUCCACUAAGCGUGAGCACGCGUGCGUGCAUCUGCGAAGUAUUUUUUUUACAGAAUUGGGUCACAUUCGUGCAUUACUGUAACAGCGACGACAUAAUUAUGGUCACAGACUUAAGCCCGGCGCACACGUGGCGUUUUUUAUCGACAUUAAGCCUGGCGCACACGUGGCGAUUUUUAUCG